UCCAAGGUAAACAAUUUUUUAAAGUGGCGUGUUUAAAGUCAAAUAAAUCUUUGACUUAUCGGACAAAGAAUCAAUAUGUGGUAAUAGAAAAGUUUAACAAUGUGUCACGUUCCUGUCUGAACUGUCGAUUUAUUGAGUCAACAAGGGGUAUUUUCUUAUGUUUGCACACUAGACAAAUGGUAGCAGUGGCUCCUGGUUUUUAUUCCUUAUGUACAUUUGUAUAAUGCGCCUAAUGAUUGAUUUGAAAUACAGCUCCUGGACAACACAAGAAUGCAGGAUUGCAAAAAAAUCAAGCACUGAAAAAAUAUUUGAAAGAAUCAACAACAAUGACCAAUCCUCAUCAGUCCUGGCAUCCCACAGAUUCUGUCAUUUCUGAGGUGGAUCGUAAACAUUUAGCAAUUGUUGGGGAAUAUCUGGAAACCCCUCCUCACCUGAUCAAACACCAGCGACUUGAAAGGGAUCCUGAUUAUGAUCCAAUAAACAGCAUCUACUCCAGACUUCCCAGUAAAUCCCCCUCCCCUUCUCCCAGACGUCAGAGGGUGGUCCAUAUCACAUGCGAGUGUCACAAAGUAGGUCAGACAUCUGGUUCAGGUAAACAACAUCAGAAAAAGGACCAGGGCAGCUCUGAAGAGGAUACAGAUGAAGAAGAGGAGGAUGUGGACUUGGGAGUGCUCUUGAAAUUGCUUGAUGGAUUAAGCAAAAGGCCAGAUGGUAGGAUUUCAAGUCAGGCUUUCAACGGGGUUCUAGAGGGGUUUUCCUGCGAGGAAUCUGUCUCACAUGACAAGCUCGAGAAGGUUUGUGAGUAUUUAGAAUCUGGCAACCUAAGAAUAAAACAGAUGACUUGGUCUCUGAUCAGUAAGCUGUGUGGGAACCUUUCCAAUGUGACAUUUCUACUGAAGAGGAAUUUUCUAAAAAAUAUUAUCCAGGCUGUCAGUUCCUCCAGUGAGAGUCUGGGACCAUGUGUAGACACAAUCAUUAGUGUGGUUAGUCAUGAGAGCCUUAGGGAGGACUGGUAUGAGUGGGUCCUGAGUGACAUUGUGCCCCUCCUUCUGACCGCCCUGUCUAUGGAGGAUGUCACCCUGGACCACAAGUAUAGGAUUGGCUGUUUCUUUCACUGUCUUGGGAAGGACCAGGAUUUCCUAGGCAUCAUCGAAAACAGAGUUCUACCAAUCAUAUCUGGACUGAGAAAUUCCAGUGCUAAGUUAAAGGAGAUUUACACCAAAAUUCUUGGAGAGGUUGUGAAGAAUGAGGACUCUGGGAUGUCCAGCAGUGUAGACCAGGGAGUGACCGGUGUAGCGGUCAGCAUGCUCAAAGAGGGACCAUGUGACCAGCAGAUUGAGGCCCUGUCUUUACUCUGUAUUCUGUCUGAGACAGAAAGGGGGAGGGCCACUGUGAUUAAUGACGAGGAUAUCCUCCCCACCACCCUCACCUGUGUCCAGCAGUCCAAAUGCAGAAUAGUAAGACAGAGGGCGUUAGUGUUGAUGAAUCAUGUGACCAGCACCAGGAGACUGGGACUGUGUAAGGAAGUAAUGAGCCACAUAUCUUACAGUCUUCUCCCCUCCCAACAUACUGACAGACACACAGACAAACCACCAAUCAGGGGGAGACAGGAGAGGGAGGGGAGGUUAUGGAGGGGGAUGGAGGGUUAUGUUGAGAUGUUGACAAAGAUCUUCUGCAAAGAAGCUAAGAUAGAGAAGAACAAUUUACAGAAGGUUGUGAAAUGUGGAUACUGGGCAGGAUGUGAUGUCCAGCUAUUGGUCAACUGUUCCUCAGCCAUUUUAAAUGUCUGUCUGUGGCCAGCUCACAGAAACAAGCAGGAUCUGAAUUCACUGGACUUGACCAGCUUCACAGACUGUGAGGACCAAAGGAAGAAGUAUGGUAAAAUCAACAGGGCCCUGGUACAGAUGGUGUGGGAUUCUUUUGGAGAGUGUAUGUUUGAAUUGCUAACUUUCUUCUCAAGGAAACUCAGAAACAUACUAGAUUUAGCCCUGCAGGCCAGGGGAGGAAAAAAUCUCUGUUCCGAGCAUGAAGCAAAGUCUGCUAGUGGAUUGAAAGUGUUAGAUCGCCUAGGUUUUGCUGAUCUGUAUGCCGUGUUUGAAGAAAAAGAAGUAGACCUUGUUGUGAUUCUUCUAGAACUGGUGCUGGUCAUGUCUCUGUGUUCAUGUAAAGGUUUCUCUGAUCUGUUCCCAACGUCUUCCAAGUCAAAGAAAAAGUCUUCACCUGUAAGCUCAAAAUCAGUCUCUUCCACACAAGGUGGAUAUUAUAAUAGUCGUCCAGGUUCACCUCUGAAAAGCAGACCGACCAGUGCAGUAGGUUUGUCCUCUUUGUCAGAAGAAGAGCGUUGUCAAGGACUCAAAGACAAGGAGAUAAGUGCCGAGCGACGGUUGCUAAGGAAGUGCUUGUUUGAACAAGGUGUAUUUGGAGUUGUAGUGCCUUUCAUUCAGUGUUCACAUCUGCAAUGUCAGAUUUUCUCCUGUGAGAUCCUUAGAGCUAACAUACAGUCUAUAGAAGAGAGGGAGAUAACUCUGAAUAGCAUGUAUGGUCCAGUCAAUGCUAGUGCAAAUGCCAGACUACGCCCUCAGUCAGCAGCAGCAGCCCUCACCAGAGAUCUGCGUGUAAAACAAGCUCUCCAUACCAUGUCACCUCAUGUGGCUCACAUCAUCAAAGAUGCCCUGGGGCCAAGAUUGGCCCCCUCCACCCCCCAUGUUAUCCCCAGGGCAGAGGAAGAACCAGAUACUGAGGCUAUAACUAGACUCAGUCAAUAUGUGAUUGAAAACAGGCCUAGUUCCAGGCAAGUUGACCCAAUUCCAGAGGUCCCUAAGCCUGUCCUUGACCCAGUUAAACCUGUAGCUGUUCAGUGCAGAGAGCAACUGUUACAGGAGGGUGGAUCCCGGAUUUUAACACCCAUGCUUUCCUCUUCUUUAGAGGUUAAAAAACUCUGUGCACUUCUACUGGGAGAUCUAGUGCAUUUUGGAAAUGUUGAUGUUCACAUGACCUUGACACAGCUGGGAUAUAUGCAGAAGUUACUGGACUUCCUCAGAACAAACACCAGUAAUGAACUACUGGAAAUAAUUGGUCUGAUCAUUGUCCAGAUGUUGGUGAAGAGUGAUAAGAGAAUAGAACAGGUGUUCAAUCAUCAUGGUGGCACCAGGUUUUUGAUGGCAAUGGUUAAAUUCACCAGCGGUGACCUAAAAAAGCAGGUCGUCAGUACACUUAAGACAGUAACACAUGGAACUAAGAAGACUCGACCUAGCUCAGCACCAGUAUCUCAAAGCAGGAAAACUCUAGACAUCUGGGACAAGAUUCAGCAAGAAUGGGCACAUCAAGAUAAAGUUGAAGAUAUAUUACAUCAGUGGUACAGAUAAUUAUAGAUAGCUCAAAUGGCCUACACUGUUAAAAAUUGAUUGUGAAAAUGACAUCACAUU